AUACAACGGCCUUCAUCCACCCGACACCAAAGCCACGGAAGUGGUCCUGCUAUAUUCUGUAGAAGUAUCGUGGGUAUAAACAGAAGAAGACAAAGGGUCGACCUGUCUGCUUUCGGUUUACCUCGGCUACAAGCUUAGUGGGCCGUUUCCUGUCAUUAACGCACACUGUCGGCGUCGAGCAAAAUCAAAUAGACGCAGCACAUGGAGGCGCCGGAGCCAGCGGGUGGCCCUCACUUCAUCAUGACACCAAGGGGCUUUCAAGACAUACUUUACACAACGCCUCGCCUAAAACCGAACAACCCAAUGGGGUCACCCCUGACUGUUACCUACUUGAUGGGCGUCCUCGUGUUCUUGUCGUUGACGACGCUGUUCGCUUUCGUCUUCACCUACGUCAUUUACAGGGAAGGAGCAGGUGACCUGACCGAUAGUGGCAGAAACGGAUCAAAUAAAAAACCCAUCAACUACGAGGUUUGCAACGACACCUACUGCAGAAAUGCGGCUCUCUACUACAUGGGUCGGCUGCGGGCCCCAAUCGACAUGUGCGACCAGAUGGCCACGUCUCUCUGCCACUUGACAGCCGGCCAGAACGCUUCCUCGGCCAGUCCGGUGAGCAUGGUCAAGGGCCACCUGCACCUACACAGCAUCGAUAUCGAUGCUAUGCUCAAGGAACAGUACUUCCCCAUCGCACAGCUCAAGCAGUUCCUUCACAUGUGCAUCAAGUCCACGCGAAAAAGUGGCAUCAGAGACUUUGUUGGUAUUAUGAAGCGCUUCGAUAUGGAACACUGGCCCGUGACGUCCAAGACAGCCAACCUGACCAAGUUGUUGGCCGCGAUCACCACGCAGCUGGGCUACUACCCGCUCGUCACCAUCUCGCUGGCCAAAGGAUACGAGUCCCACCGGCCAGUAGUCAGUCUCGACAAACCGACGCUCCUGCUUCGGAAGGUUGGUUCCCAGACGGACAUGACCAUGGCGGCUACGCUGCUGUUCACGUUGACGAAGUACCUCAAGGAAUUUUGUGACCGAUAUGCCGUCUGCCUCCAGAGAGGAGAGGCCGAACACAUUGUUACCACCAUAAUCAAGUUCGAGCAGCUCUUGAGCUUUUACAUGCGUGCCCCGGGAAAGCAGACGAGAACGAAAGUUAAGGACAUGCAUACGAAUAAGAUACACUGGCCUACACUCCUCACUGCCGUAUUGGGACAGCACCAUAACAUAACGCCAGAAACCGACGUCGUCAUUAAGUCUCCUCAUUACCUGAAAGGGCUGGACGAAGUCCUUGAGAGGAGCAGCGAGUCCGUCGUGACCUUGUACGUAGGCUACACCAUUUUCUCCUGGUUCGCGCCGCUCAUCGUGAACUUGGACGCGUCCACGAACGUGUUGACGUCGCAAAACUCCGAGCACAACCGCCUCUGGUCCAAAUUCCAGUGCCUGCUGCUCUCGGAGGGCGUGUUCGGCUUCGCCUACCUGCACGUCUUCGCCUCGCUGCCUGGCUUCGACGUGGCGCAGAAGGCGAUCAUUAACGCCACAAAGCUUAUUAUCAAGGCGUUGCAAGAAUUCACUAUUAUCACGCCAUGGUUCAAGAAAGAAGACGCGGAAUUGAUCUACAGAAAGCUGGACUUGCUGGAGGUCAGUGCUUUCGUCCCAGAUGUUGCCAAGAUACGCCGAUUCGUCCAGGAGUACUACAACAAAGUUCCAAACUUGAACACGGAAGACGGAUUUCUGCGCAACCUUUUCCAGAUGCAGAAGUUUGUCACAGAAAGGCAUCUGGACCUCGUCAUUGGACCCAACGGGGAGGCUUACAUGUGGCCAAUAUCGUCGCUAAGGAAAAGGUGUUGGCUUGACGUACAAGCAAACAAGCUAUAUAUUCCUGCCAUCCACUCCAUCCUGGUGCAUCCGUCAACAAGGAGCGUGAGGUUUCUCCAGGUGCCAGUACUCGCAUACUACGUUCUACACGCACUACUACCAAUGUUCUUCCAUGCAGGCUCCGUUUUCGACGAAAGGGGCGCCUACGAUGAAUGGUGGAAUGUGGAAAACGAAGAGAGCUUUUCGCGGGCCGAGCAGUGCCUCGUUCAACAGUACCUCGAAUCAACCAAAUCGGACGCUUCGCAAGAAGAAGCUAAAGCAAUGGCUGCCCAAGUGAUGAACCAAAAUUUCAUACUGGCACCGUCAUUCGAGGCCUUCAAGUACAGUCUCGAAGGAUCGCGUUAUAGCAUGUCCAACUUCAGCCUGCACCAGAAUUUUCCAGCCGAUAGCAAGCAUGUGUUCUAUGCAGCGCAUAUGAUGGCUCUCUGCGACGAGACUGACACAGCACAAAACUCGUUCAUUUAUCGUAUGUUCAACGAAGAGCUAUCCGACUUCUACAGGCACAACGUGCCCUUCUACAACUUUCCGGAAUACGAAGACCAAGUUUCGGACUGUGAGCCAGCUCAAGCCAAUGAGUUGUCGAAGAUUCGACACUGUCGAAUAUGGAACCCAUAUUGAAUUGAGAAUGAGAUGAGGACAUAUUCUGAUGAAUAAGAUAUAUAUUUAAAGCAAA